AUGUCGAGGCGGGACACGUCUCUGGCAGUGCCGUUGGGGCUGAGCUCGACUCCGUCCCGGUCCGAGGCCUUGAUGAUCAACUUCUCCGAGCUGGAGCAAGCGAACCGGAUUGGGAGCAAAGCCGGCGACACAAUCUACAAGGUUAUUCACAAACCGACCGGGUGGCUCUACGCCGUGAAAGUCAUCUACGGCAACCACGAUGAGUCUGUCCGGCACCAAAUCUGCCAUGAGAUCCAAAUCCUCCACGAUGUCAAUAAUCCUAACGUCGUCAAGUGCCACGAUAUGUUUGACCACAAAGGCGAGAUCCAGGUGCUGCUGGAGUUCAUGGAUGGUGGUUAG